AUGGCAUAUGGCCGCCUCCGUCAGCUAUGGUACAUCAACGACUGGAGUAAUAUACGAGACAGAUUUCACAGAUGGGAAGAGGAGGACCAGGAGAUGCGACGAAAAGCACUUGUUAGUAACCAGAUCAUCAAUCCAAAGUUGCCACCUCGACGUGUGUGGGAUCUGUUCAGUAAUCGGGUGGUGCCAUGGUGGUGCACAGGAAUCUCCUGUAAUGAGUGGUACCGGAGCCACCAGCUUUGGCCAAUAUCGCAUGCCUGGAUGGAUGAGAAGGAUCGUGUCAACGUGCAGACACCCAUCAACGAAUACAAAUGGCCCGUUCCCAUCCCAAAAGACACCAGCCUCAAUCUUGUCCGUAUUGAGAUGCUCAAUCUUGGAGCGCAGUAUGCAUGGUUGGAUGUUCUCUGUCUGAGACAGGUCGGUGGACCGGGAGAGCAUAUGCGCAAGGAAGAGUGGAAGCUGGAUGUGCCCACCAUCGGAACAGUGUAUCAUCUGGCUGAUGUGGUGAUUUACAUGAGUGGGCUGGGUCGGCCUUUGAGUUUGAAGGACGGCGACUUGGAUAGUGAUCGAUGUUGGUUUAGACGUGCUUGGACACUACAGGAGGUUGGCGAGGACAGGGUGAUUGCUGGGGACACACCGGAUGGACCAAUGCAUGCUGAGUGUAAGGAUGGGAAGUAUGAGACUCCGCCACUGACCAGAUUUCACGAGCAGCUGGAGUCUAUGGAUCACAUUUUGUAUGGUGCAUUUGCAGCACUGGAGGACAUGCAGAAUCGGGUGUCGACCAACCCAGUGGACAAAGUCGCGGGACUGGCAUUUUGUCAGCUGUCCAAGACGAUACCGGCAUACUAUGAGAGCGAGUCUCUUGAGGGUGCAUGGACGGCACUCAUGAAUUCGAUGGAUGAGUGGCGUCGGGGUUUGUUGUUCUUGUAUCCUGAACCGGGAAGUGCAGGCAGAAAAUGGAGACCAUCGUGGGACCAGCUUAUGACGAAGCCUUUGCCCGCAGGUGGUUACCUUGGCAUCAAAGUUAAUCGGGAUGAGAUGGAUGAAGACUGGUGUGAUGCGGAAUGCAUUGAAAAGGGGUUCGUACGGUGGUUGACUGCUGUAGAAGAGGGUGAUCGACGUGGACAGUUAAUUGUCAACGACAAGGGUGGGACAGAACAUGCAUUCAACAUCACGGCCGCCCACGAGUACCCGAUACCUGAAGACAUGUACGCACUGAUUUGCGGUGUUUCACCAUCCCAAUAUUGGGUUGUCGGGCGAAGACUGCCAGAGGAAAGGUUUGAGAAAGUGUCGGUGUUUCAGAUGUCACUUAAAGAAUUAAAUCGAUUCCGGGAUCUGCAUAUUACUGAAGAAUGUCGGAAUAUUCUUGUUUGA